AUGAAUUUUAUCUAUGAAAACGCCCAGAACUUUGGAGGCGAUCGUUCACGUAUUACUGUUUGGGGAUUAAGUGCAGGAGGUGCUGCAGCUGGUCAGCUAGCUAUAAGUCCUGUCACAAGAGAUUAUGUUGCCAACUCAAUAGAGAUGUCUGGCUCACCAUGGGUAUUUUGGGCUGUAGGGCCAAAUGUGCGGAAGAACUCGUUGGAACUUGCAAAGGAAUUAAACUGCACUGGUGAUAAUCUCAAAAGCUGCAUGAAGUCUAAAAGCGUGGUUGAAGUGUACGAUGCGGUCAUUAAUGUGGGUUAUACUCAAUCCACACUUGAUAGUGGCAAAUGGGGACCAGUUCUUGAUGGUGAAUUCUUGACUAAUCCAGACGAGAUGGUCACAACCGCUCCUCCGAAGCCCGCAAUGUUGGGAGUUAGUAAUAAGGAUGCAACGUUCUUCACAAUCAAAUGGCUGUCUCCAUACAUCCAUAUGUUCGGCUUGAGCCCUGCGGAUUUUAAG